AUGGCUCCCACGCAUCAAGUGGGCCAGCGGCUCUCGUUCGACGGCGCCCUCUGCACCAUCAGGUUCAUCGGCGACGUCGCCGGCACGUCGGGAACCUGGCUGGGCGUCGAGUGGGAUGACCCUUCGCGGGGAAAACACGACGGCUGCCACAAGGGCGUCCGCUACUUUGCCUGCCUGUCGCGAUCGCCCACCGCCGCCUCCUUUGUGCGCCCGACGAGGCCAUCCGACCCGCCGCGGUCGUUUAUCGAGGCGGUUCGCGACAAGUACGCCGAUGAACCCGUAGGUGACGCGGCCUCGCGGCCCAAGGAGAUUGUCAUCUCGGGCAAGGUGGCCGAGGAGGUCGGCUUUGACAAGAUCCGCCGCCGAAUGGCCCAGCUGCACGAGUUGACAAUAAUCAUUGUGGAUGGCGCCCGCAUCUCUUUCGUGUCGUCGCCGGAUGGCAGCAGUGGGGCGGAUUGCUCUGUGAAGGAAACAUGUCCGCGAAUCGUCGAGCUUGACAUCAGCCGGAACUUGAUAUCCGACAUGUCUACCGUUGUCGACAUCUGCUCUCAGCUGUCCGACUUGCGGAACCUGAGGCUUAAUGGAAACAGAUUUUGGAAUGUGCUUGACAAAAGCCCACAGCUUGCGUCUGCCAAAGACGUGCUCGGCAACAUCACAGAGUUAGCUAUAGAUGAGACCCUUCUUUCUUGGGAAGAAAUAUGUCAAAUUACUUCCUGGUUCGGCUCUCUACAAAACCUAAGUUGCGACCUCAACCAACUUUCAUCUAUACCAGCACCAUUUCCGGCAACAAUGUCCCAGUCACUUACCACCCUGAGCCUCGAGUUCAAUGAAUUUGGAUCCCUGUCAGAUCUUGCGCCGCUUGCAACACUUAGCUCCCUGCGCAACUUGAUCCUCAAGGGGAACAACAUAUCAACGGUAGCAAAAGAUGACACCACCCCAGGCCCUGUAUUCAGUUCCAGCAUCUACCACCUCGACAUAUCAUACAACCGCAUAGCGACCUGGUCGUUCGUAGAUGCCUUACCCGACAGCUUCCCGGGCCUGCGCUCCCUCCGUCUCGCCCACAACCCAGUCUACGAGAACCCAACUGCAGUCUCUCAGGACGUCGAAGGGACGACGUCGUCACAAACCCAAGCGGGCGCUUCCGCCACAGCCAGCACAGCCCCCAAGCGGAGCGUCAGCGAGGACCCGUACAUGAUCACCAUCGCCCGCGUCGCCUGCCUGGAGCACCUCAAUUUCAGCGCCGUCACGCCAGCCGAGCGCACCGACGCAGAAAUGUUCUACCUCUCCCGCAUCGCGCGCCAGCUCGCCGCCGUGCCCGAGGGGUCCGAGGGUCCUGUGCUAGCGCAGCACAGGCGCUAUGCUGAGCUGUGCGAGCUGUACGGCGAGCCAGCAGUCGUGCGGCAGCAGGAGAUUAGCCACUCUUUCCUCGAGGGUCGACUUAUAAAGGUCGACUUUCGCAUGGAGGAAAGCCCCCAGGCGGUCCGGGGUGGUGCAGAAGAUGCUGCCGCAGAGUUGGUGAGAAAGGCGGAGAUCCCGCGUGCCCUGGACAUGUAUGCCGUCAAAGGCAUCGCCGGGAGGCUGUUUGGUAUAUCUCCCUUGGAGCUGCGACUCGUGUGGGAGACUGGCGAGUGGGAUCCCGUCGCUGGGUUCGAUGAGGAUGACGAUGAGGACAGUGGGGCCGAGGACGGAGCCACUGGCGCCGAUACGGCGCCUGCAGCGGCGGACGGGGAAAACCCAAAACACGGACGUCUUGUCCGGAGGCAGGUGGAGCUUGUUGACAGCCCACGGCAGUUUGGAUACUGCGUUGAUGGAAACGAAGCCAAGAUCAGGGUCGAGCGGAUAGCUGCUUGA